GGGGGAACAACAACAACAACAAGCAAGAUGGCUGAGGCGGAGGGAGAUGACCGCGAUAGACGGGUUAUUAAAAACGCACCCAAAGCUUGGAAAGCGGACAUCUGGGCACAUUUCGGAUUUUAUGAAGUGAAUGGGAAACUAGACAAGUCUUACGCGGUGUGUAAAAUCUGCCACACUAAAAUUAAGCACGUUGGCAAUACAACUAACUUCAUGAACCAUGUUGAUCGUUGGCAUCCUGAGUUAGCUUCAACAACAACAACAACACAAAAAGUCGACACAUCCCAGCCAAGAAUUGACGAGUCGCUAGUGUCAACAUUGCCACACAACUCCGAGAGAGCAAAGAGGAUCACACGAUCGGUGGCAUGUUUUAUAGCGAAGGAUCUACGACCCUAUUCUGUGGUAGAAAAUGCGGGGUUUCGCCACAUGCUUAAAACAAUUGAGCUACCGUAUAAGCUACCGACAAGAGCUACCUUCAGUGAUUCCACGCUUCCCACAUUGUACAAAGAAACCAAAGCAAAGGUAAUGGAAUCAAUGUGUAAAGCCAGACGUGUAGCCAUUACAAGUGAUGCCUGGACUUCAGUCGCAACAGAGUCCUAUGUAACCAUAACAUCACAUUAUAUUAGCGAGGAUUGGAAGAUUGUAUUACAUGUGCUGCAGACGAGAGCAGUUUAUGAGAGCCACACUGGUGCUCAUAUGGCAAGGCUACUCUUGGAUGUUGUGGAGGAAUGGCAGCUUACAGAUAAAAGUGUUGUGCUGGUGACGGACAACGCCGCUAAUAUGAUUAGUGCUGCUGAAAUUGGGAAGUUCCCUCAUGUAAAAUGCUUUGCGCAUACGUUAAACCUCGCUGCGCAGCGGGCGCUUAAGCUACCAGCGGUCUCCAGGCUUCUGGGCAGAGUCCGACGUAUCUCAGCAUACUUCCACCGCAGCACAAAGGCAAAGCACCUGUUUGAAGAAAACCAGAGAGUUGUUCUUAAACUGACAAGUCCACUUAAACUGAUAACAGAUGUCGCCACAAGGUGGAAUAGUGCUCAUGAUAUGAUGGAGAGGUUUUUGCAACUGCAAGCUGCAGUGCAUGCCACCCUGCUGUCCCCUGCCCUAAAUGUAGAUGAAAGUGACAUCGUCACUCUCAGCAGAGCCGAUCUGGCUAAUGUGGAGGAAGUAGUGAAGACAUUAAAACCAGUGAAGGAUGCCACUGUGUUUAUGUCAGAGGAGAGCAGUCCUACAGUCAGCCUAAUUGCACCAGUAUAUGCCCAACUCCUCCAGAGCAUGUCCGACAUUAUUGGAGACCAACCACUGAUCCGUGAUGUGAAGAAUGCCAUCAAAACAGAUCUCCUUAAAAGGUACAAUAGUGAGGCUGAGAAAAAGAUCCUUCAUACAUCCUCUGCCCUAGAUCCUCGCUUUAAGGGGUUACCUUUCCUGACAGAGGAGGAGAGAUUGGAUGUCUCCGCAGGAGUGACUUCAGAGGCUGCAUCACUGGAGGAGUAUGAGAGAAAACAGAGAACAGAAGCAGAUGAAGCGCCUGGCAGAACAGGAAGUUCAGGAACCAAGGAAGAGUUGCUGUCCGUGGAUGACAAUGUGUCAGACUCAGCAGGCCCCUCCGCUCCCAAAAGAAGGGCCUCAUCGCUGCUUUUAAGUUUGCUGGGACCUGCUUUCAUCAAUGACACCAAUGAACCUGCAGUACAAAGUAAGACCGCCGAUGCCAGUGCUGAGGAGGAAAUGGACUUGUACUGUAGAUCCCCAGCUGUGCCUCUCUCUGAGGAUCCCUUGGACUGGUGGCAUCGCCAUAAGGGCACAUUUCCUCUCCUCUCUAGGUUAGCAAAGAGAUACUUGUGCAUCCCCGGGACAAGUGUGUCAGCAGAGAGAGUCUUCUCCACUGCAGGAGAUGUUAUCACUGCAAAAAGAAGCUCUCUCAAACCGGACCAUGUCGAUCAGCUUGUGUUUUUGCACAAGAACCUUGAAAUUCCCAAAUGCUAAACAGUGAGAAGUUAUGAUGUAGGCUUAGGUUAAACUAUACAUUUCCUCACUCUGAAACGGAUUGUUGAUGAUGGUGAUGUUGAACUCAGACGGAAGAAGUUGUUUGUUUGCACAAAUUUGGUAGUAGGCUAAGCCUACACACUUUAUUUUUGGUUUAUAAUACUGUAUUUCACAUCUUAAUAUUUUAUUGUAUGCAGCUGAUGUGAUGGUAGGAUCAGGGCAGGCAUAUAAUUGUCAUUGUCUUAAAGCUGCUAAGCUGCUGUUUUGUUGAGAAUAGUUUGCACUUUACUUUACUACUUGAAAAAAGUUUCACAGUAAUAAGUGGUUACUGUGUGUUGUUGCACUGAAUAUUUUUAUUCCUGGGUGGUUGUUGUUAAAAUAGUGUUACUUAUUAUUUUAAUAUUUGCACAGGACUUCAGGAAGUGCCCUGUCUUAGUGCUGCUAUUUUACUGUGUGUAAAUAAAAAAAAAAGCACUGAAAGCAGAGAUUUUGAUUGUUUUCUUUUUCAGGUUUGAAAAUGCCAUAUCCAGUACCCUGUACCAUUUAAUUUGAUUUAAUUACAUUUUAUUUAAUUUUAUUUAAUUACAUUUUAUUUUAUUUAAUAACUUUUAUGUCAAAGAUACAAGAGACACAUAGCAGCCAAUAAAAUCUGUUGUUUAAUAUCUGCUUGUAUUGCCUCAUGACUGAUGAAAAAUUUUCCUUGUGUGCAGUAGAAUUUUGAUGCAUCGCAAUGCAUCGCAAUGCAUCGUAGAAUCGAAUUGAAUCGAAUCGUUACCUGGUGAAUCGUAAUCGAAUCGAAUCGUGAGGGCAGUGCCAAUGCACACCCCUAAUACUACCUACUAAACACAGGUAUUGUGAACUGUUAAUUCAAAACUGUCAUGAGAAGGUUUUGCACUCGGGUGUAAGAGAUACACUCAUGCAAGUCAGAGACAGAUUUUGGAUUCUGAAGGGUAGACAGCUCGUUAAGCAGAUAGUCGGAAGGUGUCCCGUCUGCAAGAGGUUUAAGGCUAAGCCAGCCCAGCAGGCCACCGCACCCUUACCGAGGGACAGAGUAAAUGAAUCUCCUCCAUUUGAAACAGUUGGUGUGGAUUUUGCUGGACUGCUCAUGGUGAAGACCAGUAAUGGUAUGAGUAAGGCGUACAUAGCACUUUUCACCUGUGCUGUCACUAGGGCCAUACAUUUGGAACUAGUCUCAAGUCAAAGUACGGAGAACUUACUUUUGGCACUAAAGAGAUUCAUAGCAAGGAGGGGACUUUGCAAGGUUAUAUACUCAGAUAAUGCGAAGACCUUCAAACGAGCAGAUCAGGAUCUAAAGGAGCUUUGGAAGUCAAUCAAAGAGCCUGAUCUCAAAAUCUUCUUCGCUGAAAGGGGAAUAAGCUGGAAGUACAUAGUCGAGCGAGCAGCCUGGUGGGGAGGUUUCUGGGAAUGUCUUGUGAGGUCAACAAAGUCAUGCCUGAAGAAAAUCUUGGGUAAAGCCUCAUUAAAUUUUGAAGAGCUAACCACCAUCUUAACUGAAGUAGAGGCUGUGCUAAAUUCAAGACCCCUCACUUACGUUCACAACGAAUUGGAUGAACCUCAGCCAUUGACUCCUGCUCAUUUUCUGGUCGGUAACCGACUUACAUCUUUACCACCCAAGAACAUUGCAUCAAACCCUCAGCCAGCUGCUCAGAAUCGAGAAACCUUGACAAAGAGAUGGAAAUACAGUCAGAGGCUGUUGAAUGAAUUUUGGACUCGUUGGCGCAGGGACUACUUGAUGAAUUUAAGGUCUGCUCACCAUUGUGUAAACACCACUGCAGAGGUGCUGAAGGUGGGAGAUGUCGUUCUCGUGGCAGAGGACAAGAUGCCACGACAGACAUGGAAGAAGGGAAAGAUUGAAAAUGUUUUCCUGGGGAGAGAUGGUUUAAUACGUGCAUGUUCUGUGCGUACUUCCCUUGGAACCAUGUUGAGAAGACCAGUACAGUUAUUGUAUCCUUUGGAAAUUAGUGAUACUUAGUGAUGAACUAUAGUUCAUCGGGGGGGAGGAUGUUGCAAUUUAUUAUUUGCAGUUUAUUGAUAUUGAACAAUGCUAAAUAUAAAGUUAAAAGGAUCAUCAUUGCUUUAAUGUUUAUGAUCGUUUUUGUAGUUUACCUUCACAACGUUUUCUUUCAAACGAACUACAUUUCCCAUGAGCAGCAGCGCGAGAGAUGAUCGGCAGGGAAUGGGAACGGCCUGCUGUGUGCCCUCUAUUUUUUAGCUUGCUAAGCAAAUACAGUUGUUUUGUCUUUCAUCAAACUUUGUUCAGUAAAGUUCCCGCAAAGACGAGAUGCCUCCCGUCUCAUUAUUUCAAUCCAAACUAUUUCAAGCACACAACCAAAUUGUGAUCAACCUGAAGCUUGUUCAUUUCAUUUUUGGUGUGAAAGGGCCUUUACAUUUUCCAAAAAUAUACCAAAAUAUUACUUUUUUAGGGAGUAACGCAAUAUUGUAAUGCAUUACUUUUAAAAGUAACUUUCCCCAACACUGGUCAUCAACAAGUGGGAGAAGAUAUGGCGCAACAAUGACAUUAUCAAGACCAGGGCUGCUCUCCAAAAUUGAUGAGAAGACAAAGAAAUCUAGUUAAGGAGGCUGUCAAGAGGCCUACAGCAUGUUGCAGCUCUUUCUGGCAAGUCUUGGUAGCUGUAAUAAAAUCAAAGGGUGCAUCAACUAGGUAUUAUUUCAGGACACUUAUGCAGUUAUUUAUUACAAGUUUUUUUUUUUUAUUAUUUUUGUUCCUCUGAAAUGUGUCGCUUUGGUUUUCAGUGGCAUUACAUAGGUUGUAAUUUUUACAUUGAACAUGCAAAAGUUCUGAUAUGAUUUAUCUUUGUUUAAUGUUUUUCCAUCACAAAACCAGCUAUUUAAACAUGGGUGUGUAGACAUACGUAUGCAUACAGUUUGACUGUACUAGUUAUCCAAAAAAGUACCAGUAGUUUACUGAACUGUGGUCAGUAUUUAUCUGGUGUAAAUGACUCAACAGUGUUUAUCUUGUGUAAAUGACUCCACAUGUUGCAUCAGUGGUAUUUGCUUUUUCUGGCAAAAGCAAUGCUGUGUUAUCUCUAUUACCAAAUUCAUACUGCAACUAAAGUUAUCUGAUCCAUGACUAGCUGACACAGAACUAACAUUUUUACAAGUGGUACAAGCCCUAAUAUGUACAUAAUUUUAUACAAUCCUGCAGUCUGAGUAUGUAACCCUUUCUUUGUUUACAGAUAUGUCAGUGGCUCUGUGCAAAUCCCAACUCAUUACUACAUUGUUGUUACAAGUUGUCUGGAUUACACACAGACUGUUGACUCCUGUGCUGGCCCUCUCAGUGUGGUCUCUUUCAUCCUUCCACAUCGAUCAGAUAAUGAUGAGACCUGUAAUAGUUCAGAAGACGAGUCAAAGUGGGUGGAGGAACUAAUGAAGACACACACAGCACGCCUACGGGACGUGGAGUUACUUACAGGACUAGACUUUUAUCGUCGUACCAGUAGAACCUAUGAGGAGAUUCUCUCUCUAAAAGUGUACUUGCACACAUACGAGAGUGAGAUCUAAACCACUGCAUUCCUGCAUUAGCAUUCCCUACAUCUUAACUGUCCAGAUGCAGAAGUAAGGUGUAUAUUUUUUAUAGAAUCUAUUAUAUUUAUUUUUGGUUGCCCUUUAUUUUAAAGUGUCCAUGUUAUGGUGCAGUUAUACAUUUAAGUACUGAGCAAUAAUAAUUAGCUAGAUGUACUUACUAUAGGUUUAGGGUGUGGUUCAGGGUUAGUUGCAUGUAAUUAUGUACAAUAUAUAGUAAUCAUUAUUGUAACUACAUGUAACGUGUAACAAGGACACUGUAAGAUAAAGAAUUACCAUAUUUUCUAUUGCUAGUCCUCAAUUGUUGUUUUUUUUUACAUUCUCCUACUUUAUGACCGUAAAUUAUACGCAUGAGUAAACUUUUUUGUUUUUGAAUUUUGUAAUAAUACUGUAUAAAUGUGUUGACUGUGAUGUUUAUUGUGCUCAAAGUAACCAUUUUUUAAUGUCUUUACUGUAAACUGUUAUGAAACCUGUUCUGUUUUAACUUUUGCAAAACGUUUUGUUUAAAUUUUAUGCCAUUAAAGUUAUUCUGCUCGUUUUAAAGAAAA